CAGAAAUCAAUACUAAACCUUUUCUGAUGAACCCAAUGCCCCACAUUGCUAUCACAUUCACACUAGAAACCGUAGCCGGUAGUUGCAUUUUAACUUGAAAACUAUUCUACAAAAUUCCCGCGGACGCAUAGUUGUAACAAGGGCCAGUGAUUUAAUAAUGGGAUAGCAUCAGAAACACCGAACAUAAAAACCUAAAACGACGUCUAAGCAAGGCUGAUUGUUUGAUAUAAGAUGAUAGAUCCAUCAUCUUCUGAAGAAGACAGUGAUGAAGAGCAUGGGACAGGUCAUCAUGGAGGUCACCAUCCUUCAUCUCAUCACCAUUCUCAGCAUCACCCAUCACAUCAAAUGCCGACUGAAACGUCUCCAUAUCACAAUCAUCCUCAUAGCAAUUCAGAGCUGGGUAGUGGAAACUUGGAAGUACCGAAUAACACAAAUCCGCAGCGGUCUUUAUCACCAUCAAGUGCCGUUUCAGCUGAAACGCUGACUCAUAGUAUCGGGUCGAGAACGAAUUCCUUGCCGAGACCUACGAGCCCAUCGCCGUCGAUAGCCAGCGAAAAAACCGAAGUAGAUCUGCAGGAGAAGCAGGAGCGCGAGGAGGAGGAACGGAAACGUAGAAUACAGUUGUACGUUUUUAUAUCGCGAUGUAUAGCCUAUCCAUUUAACGCGAAGCAACCCACCGACAUGACCAGAAGACAAACCAAAAUAACAAAACACCAAUUAGAAACGAUCAGCAAUAGAUUUCAGAGCUUUUUAAAGGGCGAAACACAAAUAAUGGCAGACGAAGCCUUUCAAAAUGCUGUACAAAAUUAUUUUGAAGUUUUUUUGAAGUCUGAACGAGUUAUUAAAAUGGUACAGUCUGGAGCCUGUUCUCAAUACGAUUUUAGAGAAGUUUUCCGGAACAACAUCGAAAAACGAGUCAGGUCGCUUCCAGAAAUAGAAGGAAUAAGCAAAGAAACAGUAUUCACCUCGUGGAUGGCAAAAUUCGAUUGCAUCUUAAAAGUUGCCGGCGAAGAAGAUAGCAAAAGACCUUCGAGAAUGCAACAAAAUCUGAAUUCUGAAUUAAUUUUAACUAAAGAACAGUUGUACGACAUGUUUCAACAAAUUUUGGGGGUUAAAAAGUUUGAGCAUCAGCUGCUUUUUAAUGCGUUAUUGCUUGAUUCAGCUGAUGAACAAGCAGCCGCUAUAAGAAGAGAAUUAGAUGGAAGAAUGCAAAAAGUAGCCGAAAUGGAAAAGAACCGAAAAUUAAUGCCGAAAUUUGUGCUUAAAGAAAUGGAAUCACUGUAUAUAGAAGAGCUGAAGUCAUCAAUAAAUUUAUUGAUGGCGAACCUUGAGUCGCUGCCUGUAUCUAAAGGAUCAAUGGAUUCUAAAUAUGGCUUACAAAAACUAAAACGCUAUAAUCACAGGUUGCAUAACCAUAAUAAUUCGUAUAAUGUGAAGCACAUAUUGAUGAAUUAUGUUACUUCUUUUAGAUCGCAAGGAUCUUUAGCAAAACUUGAAGGAGAUUCAGCUGAUAGUGAUACACAACUAACAAAACUUGACGUAGUAUUAACUUUUCAAUUAGAGGUCAUUGUAAUGGAGGUUAGAGGCUUAAAAUCUCUGGCCCAAAACCGUAUCGUUUACUGUACCAUGGAGGUCGAGAACGGCGAAAAACUCCAAACAGACCAGGCCGAAGCCUCUAAGCCCAUGUGGGACACGCAGGGCGACUUUUGCACCACCCACCCUCUACCAAUCGUCAAAGUUAAGUUGUACACCGAAAAUCCCGGGAUGCUUGCUCUCGAAGACAAGGAAUUGGGAAAAGUUAUCCUGAAACCUACGCCGCUAUCUCCCAAGGUUCCGGAAUGGCAUAAAAUGACUGUACCAAAAAAUCUACCAGAUCAAGAUCUUAAAAUUAAAAUAGCAUGCAGAAUGGACAAACCAUUGAACAUGAAGCAUUGCGGCUAUCUAUACGCGCUGGGAAAAGGGGUGUGGAAAAAAUGGAAGAAAAGGUACUACGUUUUGGUACAAGUUUCGCAGUACACGUUCGCGAUGUGCAGCUACAAGGAAAAAAAGUCCGAACCAUCCGAGAUGAUGCAGCUGGACGCGUACACCGUAGACUACAUCGAAGCAUCUAGUGCCAACCUCAUGGUUGGAAUGGACCUUGAAGGGGGCAGGUUCUUCUUCAACGCUGUCAAAGAAGGCGACAGCAUCAUUUUUGCCAGCGAUGAUGAAAAUGAAUGCCACCUAUGGGUGAUGGCGAUGUACAGAGCUACCGGCCAAUCACAUAAACCAACACCUCCAGUCACAUUGCAAGACAAGAACUCCACCAUCUCCAAAAUACAAGGAGAUGCCGAUAAGGCUAGAAAGCAUGGGAUGGAAGACUACAUUUCAGCGGAUCCUUGUCAGUUCGAUCAUGCCUCAUUGUUCAGAAUCCUGCAGAACCUGACUCUAGAAUAUCGCCUAAGUGAUCCUUAUUGUUCAUUGGGUUGGUUUAGUCCAGGUCAAGUUUUUGUGUUGGAUGAAUACUGCGCUAGGUACGGAGUUCGAGGUUGCUACAGACAUCUUUGUUACCUUUCAGAUCUUCUGGAUAGAGCCGAGAAGAACGUGAUGAUUGAUCCAACGUUGAUUCAUUACAGUUUCGCAUUUUGCGCGAGCCACGUACACGGAAAUAGACCGGACGGUGUCGGGAGCGUAACUCACGAGGAAAAAGAAAAAUUCCAAGACAUCAAGGAGCGGUUGAGAGUGAUGCUCGAAAACCAAAUAACCAAUUUCAGGUUUUGUUUUCCCUUUGGAAGACCAGAGGGUGCUCUUAAAGCAACCCUUUCUCUAUUAGAAAGGGUGCUAAUGAAAGAUAUUGUUACCCCGGUACCGCCUGAGGAUGUGCGCGGCAUGAUCAAAAAAUGCCUUGAAACUGCAGCCUUAGUCAACUACACCAGGCUUUCAUCAGAGGCUAAAAUAGAGGAGGAUCUUAGAGGCGACACCAUAGUAUCACCAAAUAAAAAACUGGAUGACCUUAUACAUCUAGCUGAGCUCUGCGUAGAUCUUCUACAGCAAAAUGAAGAACACUAUGCUGAGCAACUGCGCAAGGCAGAGCGGCAACCGUCUACACAAGCGGCCUCGGCGGGCGCUAAUAGUAGUUCGCCCGCUCCAGGCACCCCGGUCCGUGACGCCAAGCACCAAAAUUCUGUGUCUCGCUAUUGCAUGCCUCAGCAUGCCACUAACACCCCAACAGACCCUACGGCUUUCGCAUGGUUCAGCGAUUUGCUAGUAGAACAUGCGGAAAUAUUUUGGUCAUUGUUCGCCGUUGAUAUGGAUAGGGUUUUGGCGGAACAGCCGGCAGAUACCUGGGACUCGUUUCCACUUUUCCAAAUUCUAAACGAUUAUCUUAGAGCUGAUGAUAAUUUGAAGAAUGGCCGGUUUCAUCAACAUUUGAGAGACACAUUUGCUCCUCUUGUAGUGCGAUAUGUAGAUUUGAUGGAGUCAUCAAUUGCUCAGUCGAUACAUAAAGGUUUUGAGAAGGAAAGAUGGGAAAUCAAAGGAAAUGGUUGUGCAACAUCUGAAGAUUUGUUUUGGAAACUGGAUGCUCUUCAGUCGUUUAUACGCGAUCUUCACUGGCCCGAUGCUGAGUUUAGACAACAUUUGGAACAAAGGUUAAAGUUGAUGGCGUGCGAUAUGAUGGAGUCUUGCAUUCAGAGGACGGAGACUGCGUUCCAGCAGUGGUUAAAGAAGACUGUAACAUUUAUAUCCACUGAUUAUAUUUUGCCUUCAGAAAUGUGCGCUAUGGUAAAUGUUAUAUUAGAUGCGAAAAAUCAAUCGUUUAAGCUAUGCGCUGUUGACGGAAUUGAUUUGCAUCAAUAUCACACGAAAAUCGACGAUCAAAUCGAUAAAACUUUAGCGAACAUGAACUCAGGAAUGAUAGCUAAAUUAAUGUCGGUGCUAGAAGCGACUCUCUCAAAACUAUCUCGAUAUGACGAAGGAAGCCUAAUAGGUUCCAUAUUGAGUUUUACGAAUGUGUCGGGUUCUGGCAAAGACAUGGGACAGGGUUAUGUGAAUUUUACGCGUAACUGUAUGGACCAAAUUAGAGGGAAAGUAACAGACGAACUGUGGAUAUUAAAUUUUUUUGAACAGUGGUACACCAGUCAAAUCAAUAUGCUUUGCAACUGGUUAUCAGAAAGACUGGAUCACACUUUGCAUCCACACCAAUGUACGUGCCUUGCUCAUAUUGUAAAGAAAAUUUAUUCCGAUUUUGAACUUCAAGGUGUAAUGGAGGACAAACUAAAUUCUAAAGCUUACCAAACCAUAGCUCAAAGAAUGCAGACAGAAGAAGCUACAUGUGCUCUAACUAUGGGACAAAAUGAAAGUGGCAUGGAUGGAAUGGAUGAUGAAGGAGAUAGCAGAAGCAAGUCUAAAGUGAACAUACUGGAAAGUAUGGGGGGCGAGGAUGGAAAUUUUGUAUCAAAUGUUGGAACCAUGGUGGCUGGUAGAGUUGGAAACAUGCUUGGGAAAGGUCUUGGAGGAUUAGGUUCAAAAUUGGGCGGAUCAAGCAGCUGGUUUUAAUUUUUGAUAGCUUUUUGAAAUCUGUUAUAUUUUCCCUUUUCCUCUUCUAUCUAUAUUAAUAAACAAAAUGAAUCGGUCAAUAUGAUAUUGGCUGGUUUAAUUAAAUUGUUCAAUAUUACAGUUCUAUAUCAUAUAGCAUAGCAUUGUUUCUGUUGGAAUGAACAUUUGAUUAGCUGCUAAAAUAUAUAUAAAUCGAGGGUUUGGAAUCAGGCAUAUCUUUUAAUUCAAAGGUUCAUUUUGACGGAAACACAAAAUAUAAUAAAAACACCAAAACGCAGUUAUUUUAGCAAAUGUUCUUUAGAUUUGCAAAACAUCAUGUAGACCGUUUCAAAAUUAAAACUAAUGUUACCAAUAUAUUAUAUAUACAAAUGUAUAUUAUUUCCAGUAGCUUCAUGCAAAAUGGUGCACAUGGAAAUAUUAUUUUUUAUUGUUUUACAUUGCUUUAUAUGCUGGCAUCGGGUUGUUAUUCAUAUAUUAUAUUUGCGCUGAAAGAAAAACUAUUUUUUCCACAUAAAAUGUUAGUGUCUAAACAUGUUCAAGUUGCAAGUUAUUAUAAAGUUAUUAUAGUAUCUACUUGGAUGAAGUUUUUCGCUGACAUAAUUAUUUUUAUUUGGGAUCCAAUGUGUGGGUUUACAAAUAAAAAAAAUUCUGCAGCGGAAAAUAAUAAUGGAAAAAAUCGUUUUUCGUUCUAUAUACAUUUAUAUUAAGGCAAGUUACUAUAAAGUCGAAUAUUCUAGAUUAUAAAAACUGUUAAAUAACAACGAUUAAAAACAUCCUAUUACCUAUAUAUUGCAUGCUGUUUUUCUCUAUAGUUAUUUCACCAAAAACAUUGACGAGUUCAUACAAUUUUACGGUUAACUUAGAUAGUGCUGUUUUUUCAAUGAUAUACAUCUAGGUAUAUUUGACAAGUGUGAUAGGCUUGGAUAGAUUUAAGUUCAAAACUCUUCAAUGUCUCAAAUUUUCAUUCUUCUAUUCUUAAGUCUUACUGCAAGUUUAACCAACUGUUUGGAUUAAUAUAAUUCUAUGAAUGUUGUAGAAAUAAUCAAUUUAACAAUUACGUUUAACUAUUCUAAAUAAAAUGCGAUUUAUAAUUAUAUUAAUAAACACUUUAUAGUAACUAUUUUUUGUUUCUUAUUUAAGACAGGCGCACAAUUUUUUACAGAAUAUCUAUCUCAAUACGUAUUUACAUAUCGAGCACUCUUAGGAACAAUGCAAAUCCAACAUAAUAAUAAUAUUAAUAUUAAUUAGAUAUUAUUUAUUUUUUAAACAACG